AGAAGGAUGGAAUUGUGUGCUCGUACGUUGGGAUUGGCUGUGGCGCCACCCCACUCCGCCGAACGCUUUCAGUCGAGCUCGGACCUUCGUCGGGUGUGGAGUGCGCGUUGUUUCGUCGUGUGUCAGUGUUCGAAUUACUCACAGAAAAUCAAGGCCUCGUAGCAUGUCUUGACGAGUAGGAGGCGCUCUUCAACGGGGUUUUCGGCAGACAAGGGUUCUCCAAAAUGGCGGGCGGUCAGCAGCUUCCGGAACAGUACACGGUACCUCCGCUCGCUAGGGUCUUCCAUAGCCUGCCGCACCUCAACGUCUCGCUCCACUCGGUCAACAACACCUUCAAUCCACAUUCUGAAAUCUACUUAGAGAGCCUCGGGAUACUUGGAAGUAUCCCUGCAGCCUGGUUAAUCCUGACGUUGCUAGUGUUGCUGGUAUACCUGGUAACGAGAUGCUGUGACCGGAAGCCGCGCCCCAAGAGGUCGAUAACCCUGCUGAAGUUUUCACUGGCCAUCCUGGCGUUGCUUUGCUGCGGAGCUGUUGCCGUCGGACUAUACGGUAACGACGAUGUUCACAACGGUUUGGUGCAAUUGGUGGCAGCCGCAAAGAACGUCGAUGGUAUCCUGAUGGGUGUACGGAAUCAGACUGACACCAUCGAGAACACGCUGAAGAAGAAGGUGGAACCACAGUUGACCGCGUUAAGGGAUGAAUUCGACGAUCCGGUCAGCAAUAAAACGAUGAUCGAAUUAUUGUUAGCCGCUUUACAAAGCAUGAAACAGAACACGAGCAUCGCCGUGAAUAAAAGCAUCGAAAUGAGGAAACCGUUGACGGGGAUCAGCCUGGCUGGAGCGAUCGGAAUGGGAGAGAAGAUAGAGCAAUUAAGGUGGCCGGUCACCAUGGCAGUGUUGAGCGCACUUCUAGUUCUUUGCGUGGUGCUACUCGUCGGUGUCGCACGACAUUCCAGAUGCGUUCUUAUAACGUUCUCCGUGUUCGGUUUGUUCGCGGUGAUAGUCUCCUGGCUGAUGGCAUCGUUGUACCUUGCGACUUCAGUGGCCUUAGGUGAUCUAUGCGUAUCGCCGGACGGUUACUUGACCAGGGCGGUACCGUCUACGUUAGCUUCGGAGGUUCUUUCCUAUUAUACGCAUUGCGAGAAUACGCGUAGCAAUCCGUUUACACAGAGACUGCGAGACGGUCAGACAGCGAUCAGUGAAAUGAGCAAAAACCUGAACACAGUGACCAGGUUGGCGUUAGAAUUGUACAAGGAUAAACAAUUGCAACCAAAGUUGAACAGCCUUUUAUUCGACGUCAACACCGUGAGCAAACUGAUGUCCGGUUUAGCCACGUUGCUCGACUGUAAACCCUUUCACAAGCAAUACGUUCAUGCCGCGAAAAGCUUAUGUCACUUAGGAUUGUAUGGAUUGACCUUCAUGCUAUUGGCGAGCUUAGCAGCAGGUCUGUUCUUCACGGUGUUAGUUUGGGUGGACUCUCAUACCUGGAUCUACAUUCGAAAACGAAGAGAUUACCACCAAGUCGACGAGCAGGACCCGUAUCUACCACCAUCGGCAGCUUCGCAGGCGAUAGCAGCAAGGACCCUUCGAGGCCAAGGGUCGUACCCGCCUACAGCCCCUUCUGUAUUUUAUCCGAAUGCUCAUGGCACUCAAAAUACCAUUAAGCAGCCUCUCUUGCUAACGCCGCCCCCGCCGUCCUACGCUACUGCGACUGCUCGAGCACGUCAGCUGCACGAGAGCAUGUUAAAAGGUGGGGGUAUUAACGGGAGCGGAGGAGGCGGGGAUCACAAAUCGUCUCAGCAUAAUCAGCAGUCGACAGGUGGACGAGCUGAGCACCGUUCUGGACUCGGAGAUCAACCUGGCCAGUACGCGACUUUGAGCAAACAGUGCAAGACACUCGAGUCCAGUAGAGAACCACCUUGGACCCCAAGCGUGGCCUCGUUCACCGGUACCCUGUCUCACAAUUCUCACGGACCUGCUCACUUGGCCACGUUCCAAGAUUCUCGCAAAACACAGACUUUAGACCCAAAGAAUUUAGCGAAUCUGAAGAGAGGUCCGACCCCAGCUUGGAAUCAGAAUCGACCAUUGCCACCGAAUCCCAGCAGCCAGCCUACCUGGGAGUUCGAGUCCCGUUCGCAGACCAAUAUGAAUCAAUUUCGUUCUUUAGUGAGAAACAAAGCGCCUAAUAUUCGCAUACAGGAUCAGAUGCAGGACCAGGUGCGCACGUUGGACAGGAAUUUCACUAGGAAUCAAUUCAACGGCACCGCGCAGAACAACGCCGUGCCAAACAUGUACGGCACGUACAAUCGUGCGCAAUCGAGGCAAGAUAGGCAGGAUAGGCAAGAUAACAAAUCGACGGUGGCAACUUUGAGCCAAGUACAGGGCAGCGAUCCAAAUUUGUACGCCGUCACGGAAUUAUAAUUUCGAACAUCGAACUCGUGUAAACUGCCAUCAUCGAUCGUAAACCCUAGCCGUGGACCACAGGGACCUUUGUAUUUGUCCUGAACCAGUGUUCGCUAUAAACACGUACGUAUGUCGCGAUUCUUUGCUCUUUCCAAGGGAUAAGAUUUUACGUAUAUACUCGUCUCCACGAGAAAGUUGAUAAGAAAAUUAUUUUAAACCGGAAAGAAUUAAGAAUCACGUGUACAGGAAAACGCGCAAAUAUCAUCACUCUCAAGGAUUCCUUUUUGGAAAACAAUUGAACGUUUUUAACCAUUUGAUAAACACCAUGCGUAUUUUAAUAUGCAUUCUUGUUUUAUACAAUACACUGGAGAUGGCUCAAUCGUUUGGUAACUUUUGAUAAGAGCUUCGAAUACGAGGUAACAUUUACACGUUUGAACAUAAGCUCAUGAAAGUCGUGUAGUUUUAUUAACACGAUCAGAAGAUCGAAGUGUCUUUUGACGCGUUGUAUUCGCAAUCUUUUCGAGAACUUUAAAGAAAGAACAAUGAUGAUAGUGAAUGAACGUGAAUCAACUUUUCACAGCAGCGUAUGUUUGCACAUUUUUCAUCGCUUUUAUAAGCAAAUGGAUGAACCAAUUGUCACUGCAACACCUUGAAGUAUAAAGAUACUUGAAUGAAUAGAAUUGAGAAGGUCAACGAGAGUAAUGUGAGUAAUAAGUAACGGGGGCAAAAGAUCUUGGAAUCAAAGAGUUUGAAAGAAGGAUGAUAAAAACUCGUGACGGGUUUGAAGAUGAUGUUGAAGAGGAUUCAUUUACAUCGAUAGCCGAAGUGUAAUUUAGAAUUAACGCUAUAUUAUAAUAUGGAACUGUGUUGUGGGAAAAUUUUCACAGAUAAUUGACCCAUCGUUUCUCGUCAUUUCAUUGUUCAAACACUCGGAGCAGAGAGAUCUUGUAUAUCCGACGUUUUUGUACUUGUAUAUCGUGUACAGUGAUUAUUAUUCUACGUUAGCCUAUCUCUGUAAAUGAUCGUUGCUUCUCGAGCAAAUGGAACGAAUGAUACGUUAACGAGAGCGAGAAAUUUUAGGGAAAGAUCGUCGUAUUUAUUACUUGUUAGUUACUCGCAGCCUGAGGGUAUUUCGUUUUCGAAUGCAACAUACGAAGAAGCACAAGAAGUAUAGCACGCAACAACAAAUUACCAUGUAAGAAAGAUACGAAGUUACAUCUUAGAACAAUAAUUAUUACACAAGGUUUUACGUUUAAUCGUCUACAGAUUCGCCGAAUCAACUUGGUCCAGUUAAUUGCUCGCGGCCUACUAUUUUCUCUUUCGAUCAUUCUAAUCAACUUUCUUACAUUUACCUAGUAUCUUGUUUCGUAAAAAUCGACGGUGUUGUCCUACCGAUCUGUAGAUGAUUCUCUAUCUUUGGAACGACUUUUUUACACGAACACACAAGUAACGUACCGUUGAAUUUUUAUAUACUUUUUUAUACGUUUUAUCGAGUAAACGCUUGAGGAGAUUUUCCAUUGAUUUUUUCCGAACAGCGUUUCAAGUAUAGAGGUAUACAAUAUUGAUAUUAAGAAGUUACCGUAUGAAAUAAAGAGGUACAGUGAACGUAUAAAAAGUGGAUCAGUAAUAAUUAAUGGUAAAUACAGGAAUGAUUAAGGUAUUAUUAGUUACUGAUCUUCAUUUUAUAUUUACGUGUAUAUAUAUACAUAUAUAUUUAUCAACGUUAAUAUUUAAAAUUCGUAGCAAGACGUCGAUUGUCCGAUGAUUUCUACGAAAUAAAAGCAACAAUAAUCGAUUACGGACUAAAAAAAAAGAAGAAGAAGUAAUUUUGCCAAUAUUCAGGCGAACAUACGUUUUAAGUACAAACACGGUGAAAGCGCGAACGUUGCGCGUGGAUCCGGGUCAUUUUUCAUUUUUUUAUACGAGACAAAAGUUUUAUAAUCGUCUUAAGUAUCCAGAAAGCAUUUCGAGGCGGUAAUCAUUGUGGUUUUUUUUUUUACAAAGUCCUCGAGAAAUAUGAAGGAGGGAAACUUUCUGAAAAACUUGGGCGUUCUACGAGCGAUAAAAAUCAAGAUUGAAUUAUUUGCGGAGCGCAAAGUCUUCCUGUACGGUCUCUGUUGAAGCCUGAAACGAGAUCGUUCGCGAUCAAUGAUGAUAUCUGCAACGAAAACAGCGGACGACUUUAUAUUCCGCAUCCUAUUCAGCUAGAACGCGUGUAAAUAGAUUUAUAGAUCGUCGAGUAAAUGUGAGAGGAAAGAAAUACGGAAAAUGUAAGUGUGAUAUAUAACUUGAAUUGAACUGUUACAAUUUUUUCUAGGCAACCUUCCUGAUACGAAAGGCCAGCUAUUUUAGUUGAAGGUUACGUAUAAAAAUACAGUUUCUUAUUUAAUUAAAGAAAUUGCAUCUAGGAAAUUUUCUGUUCGAUAAGCAUGGAAACGGUGUAGGUAGCCGAAGCAUGAUUAGAUAUAAAAAGCGUUCUUAUCCAUUGUACAUAUUUGUAAUAUUUAUUAACGAAAUGAAAGAGAAGGAUCGUAGCGCAUAGGACUAGCGACACCAUAGAUCUAGACGUUAAAUUAAUUAAAUGUAAGAUCGAAUUAACCCCUUUGAUUAUAUCGAAAAGGAGAAACAUCCUAGUCAGUAGAAACAAAGGUUUUUCUUUUCGUAUACGUUCAACGUUAUUCGGGUUUUAACGAUGGAUCUCUUGCCAAAUUCAGUUUUUCCACGCGGCUCAAUUUUUUCCCCAACACGUGGACGAACGAUUCGUUGUUUCUUCGAAGAAAAUUGUACUCUUGGUAACUUUUUUAUCCAAUCCAUAAUUACCCGUCGAUGGUAGGAUUAGGAAAAGAUAUCGAGGAGUCUGCACGAAUAGAAAAUUGAGAAACACAUUUUUUUUCCGACGAGUACAACCGCAUUUUGUUUUCGCAUCAUUUUGAUACAAUAAAUGUGUGAUGAUUUAUGAAAGGGAGAGAGAGCAUAUAUGUAAGAAAUGCAAGAGGAAAGAAAGAGCGAGAGAGAAUCAAUUAUUUUUCAAGAACGUUGAUAUAGUGAAAAUAUAGAGUACGAAUAUAGGAUGCAAAAAUAAUUAAACUAGUGCAUCGUUCUGGCCUACACAAUUUUAUUUAAUUAAUAUUACUUGUCGUUUAUGCACAAAUUUCAAGUGCAUCUAUUAUCGUAUACGUGGUUCCUACUUAAUUAUAAAUUCCUUCAAAGCAAAUAGUUAAAUAUUUCAUUAUAAUUUAUAUUUGAAUAAGAUAGCGUUUGAAUUUGUAAGCAUUUUGUAUCGAACUCUACACCGCAACUAAUCGAACCGAUUCGACUCGACUCGAUCUAUCGAACGGUUCGCGCCAAUCGAAUGAGGUUACGAUAAUUUGACGUGUACCACGGUAAGCGCAUCCGUUCGACAAAUUUAAAUAGAAAUCCAUAGGCCUUUUAUAGUUAAUUCGCGAUAAGUGUUUCUUCCUUUUUCAUUUACGUUUCUUCUCUCUCGGUGUACGAAAGAGUUUCAGUUACAAAGUGUGCAGAGGCUAACGAGACUUUACGUAAGUUUAAGAUAUUUCUAUGGUGUUUUUGUACGCUAGAAGUGAAGCACUUCAAGCGUGUAUUGUAAAGAAAAUUCUCCGAGAGGCAUAUAUAUAUAUAUAUAAACGAAACUCGUUAAUCGAUAUCGUUUUUUGUGCAUUGCGAUUACGUCUAAUUGCCAUAUUCCAGACUUAAUUCCUCUUAUUGUAAUGGUAACACGAAUAUUAAUGAAAAGAAAAAUAAAAAAACCGUAAGAUCUACA